AUCUGUCCACACCUCUUCUUGUCCUCUCUCGCACGACACCGACUCAACACACUGAACUCUCUUCUCUUUUGUAUCCCACUUCCUCUCUCUUCGUCUCACUUCUCUUCGAUGGCACAGGCCGAACUGCAGGAAAAGCAGACGAAGGCACCGGAAUCCCGUCAGAAGUAUGAUUUCGUGGGGGAGGAAAUGGAGAGGCAUAGAAAGAGGAAGAGGAGGAAGCGAGAUGGUGUAACCGUCGAAUUUGUUGAAAAAAAGAAGAAAGAAGAAGAAGGGGUUCUGCGAAGGGACCCAUUGGAGGUUUUCGGUACGGACAUAAUGUUGAUGAUACUGAGUAACCUCGACGCACGCAGCGUGGCACUGUCUCUCCUCGUCUCCCGUGGCUGGCACGGGGUCGCGUCCAGUGAUCGCAUCUGGGGCCCCAAGUUGGAGGAACUGUGGCUUGGGAAAGCACACAUACCUCGCCUGACCCAAAUCCGGGGAUUGUCCAAACUGGUUGCUUAUUCAUUAGCUGUCAUGGAUGGCAAGCGUAACCGCAUCAUGAAGGAUGAUUUGUGUGAUCAUGUUUGGGAGUUCCAUUUUAACAAGGAGGCUCCAGAAUAUUGGCGAAAUCUUGAUCCUUACUGGAAGGGUACAGGCCCACCCAUGCGCCGCUACUUUCAUCCAGAUGGGAGCCAAAGUGCAGAUCCUGAUGACAAAGUAUGGGGCGGUCAUGAAUGCUGUUACUUGACUGUCACUAGCAUUGUCGGCGAAGGCAAAAUCAGGGAGCACUAUGUGAGGAUAAACCGAUGGCCACGAAUGUCUGUGUCUAGGAAGCAUGACUGGAGCUGGGAAUUGUCUAACCACCUGUAUUCUUACGCCAGCAUCCCCGAUGCUGACAAAGAAGGUGGGACUGGGCCACAAUAUGGUGUUAUGUAACUACUACUACUAUUUUUUUUUCAACACUUGUAAAUAAAGCUUUAGGGUUUUCCAGAUAUAUCAGUGUUGUGUUACAUGGUCCAAGUUAUGGACAUAUCGAGUAUGUAGUUUGUUUGUACAGAGCGAAUAAGCUUAGCCUAUAAUAACAAGGUAAAUUUGUCUUGCUUGGUUUUCCUCAAUAUACUUACGUGUUUUUAUUA